AUGAUGUGUAAAAGUAAGCAAUUCUUUAGAGAUACUGAAUAUUUCAUAUAUUAAAAGAGAACUCUAUUCUUAUAGGAAAAGUAUACAUAAAUAAAAAUCAUUAGAAUGCACAAUAAAUAAAAUACUCAAUACGAUUAGAAUUGUCAACUAUAAUUUCAUGGAUAUAUGGAGACAGAAAUUGCUUUAUUGGAUUCAAAUUUAGAUGGAAUUAAAAGAUGA